UCACGAAAAUAUUAACGACACACACACACACACACACACAAGCCCUAACUUUCAUCAAAUCCCUAAAUUGAUCCAUUUGAUUUGAUUUAAUACAACAACAAUUCAUUCUAAAAAAUCAAAUCAAACAUGGAUUACAAUUCAUCAUCAUCACCGUGUAUAAAGGAAGUAACCAGAUCGGCAUCGGUGGCGUUUGCACCGGACGCGCCAUUCUUCGCUGCCGGAACAAUGGCCGGAGCGGUGGAUAUGUCGUUUAGUUCAUCUGCGAAUCUGGAAAUUUUCAAACUUGAUUUCCAAUCGGAUGAUCGGAAUCUGCCGUUAUUAGGUGCAGUAGCUAGUUCUGAGCCUUUUAAUAGAUUGUCUUGGGGUAAAUCUCCGUCUUCCGUCUCCCAAGAGUUUUCGCAUGGGAUUUUAGCUGGUGGCUGUGUUGAUGGUAAUAUUGGUCUCUGGAAUCCUAGACUACUCAUCAGCUCGGAGGAAACUGAAAGCUCUUUUGUUCAAAACUUAUCAAGACACAAAGGGCCUGUUCGUGGCUUGGAAUUUAGUUCUCUUUCACCCAAUCAUCUUGCUUCUGGUGCUGAAGAAGGUGACAUUUGUAUAUGGGAUAUUGCUAAACCAGCAGAACCUACACAUUUCCCGCCUCUAAAGGGAAGUGGAUCUGCUACACAGGGUGAAAUAUCGUUCUUAUCUUGGAAUAAGAAGGUUCAGCCUAUUCUGGCAUCCACUUCCUUUAAUGGAACUACUGUGGUUUGGGACCUGAGGAAGCAAAAGCCUAUUAUAAGUUUCUCAGAUUCAGUUAGAAGACGAUGCUCUGUUUUGCAGUGGCAUCCAGAUUUUGCAACACAACUUAUUGUUGCUUCAGAUGAUGAUAGUUCACCUUCUUUGAGGAUAUGGGACAUGCGGAACACAAUGUCCCCUCUUAGGGAGUUGGUAGGUCACACUAAAGGGGUUGUUGCAAUGUCUUGGUGUCCUAAUGAUAGCUCAUAUUUGCUUACCUGUGCCAAAGAUAACCGCACUAUUUGCUGGGACACUAAUUCGGCUGAGAUUGUCUCUGAACUUCCAGCUGGAACCAAUUGGAACUUUGAUGUGCACUGGUAUCCGAAGAAGCCAGGGGUUAUAUCGGCCUCUUCAUUUGAUGGAAAAAUCGGUAUUUAUAAUAUUGAGGCUUGUGCUCGGUAUGGCGUUGGAGAGAGUUAUCUUGUCUCAACGCCUUUAAGAGCCCCAAAAUGGUACCAGCGCAAAGCUGGAGUCACAUUUGGUUUUGGUGGCAAGCUCGUUUCUUUUCACUCGACUGGUUCCUCAUCUGGACAUUCAGAGGUCAAUGUCCGGGACUUGGUUACUGAACUCAACUUAGUGAGUACCUCAUCCGAGUUUGAAGUUGCGAUGAAGAGUGGAGAUCGAUCCUCACUGAGACUUCUAUGUGAUCAAAAGUAUCAAGAAUCUGGGUCUGAAGACGACAGGGAAACCUGGGGAUUUCUGAAGGUCAUGUUUGAAGAUGAGGGAACAGCAAGAACAAAGCUUCUAAACCACCUUGGCUUCAGUUUACCUGCAGAAGAAGUAAAUGAAACAAUAGAAGAUAUUUCUCACGAUAUGGAUUCUCUGAAUCUUAAAGAAAGUGAAGUAGCUAGAGAAGGAUAUAUGGGUGGCAACCAUUUGUCACCUACAGAUUAUGGGGAAGAUUUCUUCAACAAUCUUCCAAGCCCUAAAACUGAGACGCCUUUGUCAACAUCAGUCAAUAACUUUGGUAUUGAAGGUGGGGAAGAACCAACAAAGGAAAGCGAUUCAGUAGAAGGCAUUACCGACUCUUCAUUUGAUGAUGGUGUCCAACGUGCUUUGGUUGUUGGAGAUUACAAGGGAGCUGUUGCACAGUGCAUAGCUGCAAAUAAGAUGGCAGAUGCAUUGGUUAUUGCACAAGUUGGUGGCACUUCUCUGUGGGAGAGCACACGUGAUCAAUACCUUAGAAAGAAUAGUUCUCCUUACUUGAAGGUCGUUGCUGCAAUGGUGAACAAUGACCUUGUCAGCCUAGUAAAGACAAGACCCUUAAAAUCAUGGAAGGAGACGCUUGCCCUUCUCUGCACUUUUGCUCAGGGGGAUGAUUGGACUUUGCUAUGCGAUGCUCUUGCUUCUAGACUCAGAGCUUCUGGUAAUACACUAGCUGCAACCCUUUGUUAUAUAUGUUCUGGAAAUAUCGACAGAACAGUUGAAAUCUGGUCAAAGAAUGUCACCACUGAGCAUGAGGGAAAAACAUAUGUUGAGCUUCUUCAGGAUUUAAUGGAGAAAACUGUGAUCCUGGCUUUAGCAACUGGGCAGAAGAGAUUUAGUGCUUCCUUAUGCAAACUUGUUGAAAAAUAUGUUGAAAUAUUAGCAAGUCAAGGACUCUUAACAACAGCUAUGGAAUAUUUGAGGUUAAUGGGCUCUGAUAAUCUGUCUCCUGAACUGGUGAUUUUGCGUGAUCGGAUAGCCCAUUCAUCAGAACCAGAGGAAAAGGUGAGUGGUUCUAUAAAUUCUGGAAACUCUCGGUUACCAGAAACACCUUCAUAUGGAGUGAACCAUACAUAUUCAGGCGCUGGACCUUCUGGAAACUAUUAUCAGGAUGGCUCUUCUUAUCGUCAAAACUAUCAACAAACACCUGGUUCUUCAUACGGUACUCAGAAUCAACAGCAACAGCCUUCUUCAUUUGUUCCACAACCUACUACAUUUGUUCCACAGCAACAGCCUAAUACAUUUGUUCCACAGCAACAACCUACUACUUUUAUUCCAGCUCCAUCAGAUCAAUUUCCUCCGGCUGGAUUCACUCCACAACCACCAACUCAACCUGCUCCAAAAGGAUUUGUUCCUACCACUCCUCCAAUUAUUAGAAAUGUUGAUCAAUACCAGCAGCCCCCAAGCUUAGGUUCUCAGCUGUAUCCUUCUCAGGUGAAUACUAUUUCUAAUUACCAAGUUGGACCAUCGGUAUCUGGUUCACUUGGCCCUGUUCAAUCUCCAAUGGUUCCUACACAUGGACAAAAGAUAUCACAGGAUGCGGGACCUACACCACACACGAGGGGAUUCAUGCCUAUAAAUAAUACAGGACUGCAGAGAUCUACGUCGGGUCAAGCUCAACCGCCUAGUCCUUCACCACCGGCUGCACCUCCUGCCCCUCCACCAACAGUACAGACAGCCGAUGUAUCCAAUGUACCUGCACACCAAAAGCCAGUAAUUAGCACUUUAGUAAGACUUUUUACGGAGACAUCAGAAGUUAUGGGGGGUUUGCAUGCUGCUCCAACUAAAAAGCGGGAGAUUGAUGACAACUCAAAGAAAUUGGGUGCGUUGUUUGUGAAACUAAACAAUGGUGAUAUAUCCCAAAAUGCUUCUGAAAAGCUUGUGCAGUUGUGUCAAGCGUUGGAUCGUGGAGAUUUCCCUACUGCCCUCCAAAUCCAGAUUGCUCUUACAACAAGUGACUGGGACGAGUGCAGCUUCUGGCUAGCUCCGCUGAAACGAAUGAUCAAGGUUAGGCAGACUGUAAGAUGAAUUUAGCUGCAUCUCUACUUUGUACACAAUAAGUGCAUUCCCAGAAGCGUUUGGAUUUUUAAGCAGGUAUAGAAGUUGGAUUAUCUAGGAUGAUCUUUGAGGAACUUGUGUUUUUGCGUUGUCGUUUGUCUAACAGUUUUGAGGGUUUAGUUUUUAAUGGAUUCUUUCUACAUCAGGAAAGUAAUAUAUAGGGAUGGUGUUAUAUGACAUUUUACUACUGGCUGUCUUGUUCCUUAUUAUGUAAAAGUAAUUUUUGUGGCUCUUCAACUAGCCAACUCAUUGAGAUGACUCAUAAAUAUGUAAAAGUAUUUUCACUACCUAAUCGAUUCUAUUUUAUUGAAUAAAA